UCUAACUCUCUGAAAUCGGCCAUUAAUGUUUGCUUCUUUUCUGCAACUCUCCUGUACCAUCACUUCGUAUGGUCACCAGCUCUGACCUCUUUUGCUCUAGAAUGCAUCAUUAAUGUCUGUUUCUUCUCUGUAUCUCGUCUGAUCUCAUCAUUAUGCUUCCCCCCAGUUAGCAAAAAUAGGAGAAACAUUCAUCGAGGCUGCAAAAAAUGGAGAUGCCACCCUCGAUUCAGCCAUUGAUUUCUGCAUCUUGCAAUUUCAUAUCUUUGCUCCUCUGAUGCAACCUCACAAUAGAUUGAGAAGGAGAAACUCUCUGCAAGAUCAGAAAGCCGGGCAAACUGAACCGCAUUUACAGAGCUCUUAAUCCCUAAUUUGUCAGUGAAUGACACCGAGGCUCUCCAUUGAUCGCACCCUUCUGCUCCUCUAGAUCCAGCCUGGAACCGUAGAAAACAGAGAGGAACAACUACCAAAAGAUCCAGAGGCUCUAAAGAAGAAACUAUAAGACGAUCAAGCCCGAAACCUUAGAAAACAAAAAGGAAACGACUUUCUGGAGAUCUAGAAGCUUCGAGGAAGAAACUCUCAGGAGAUCCAGAACUGAUCAGAUCCUGAAGCCCUGAAAACAUAUAGGGGGAAAAUACUUUCAGCAAUAUAUCAAAGCUCUGAAUAACUGAACAAAAAUGGAGUGUCCAAUACCUAGAAAGAGCACAAGUAUUGACAUAAAAGCUCUUGACGCCAUCAUAAACGUCAACUCCCUCUUCACCUUAGCAGUCUUCAUUGGCCUGGCAUGGAAUCCAUAUGAUCCAUCAAACUCUUUGGUUGAGGACACUAAUUGCUAUGCCAGCCCUAAAGUAAUUCAAAAUCUGAUCAGUUUCCAUGUCCUCUCUUUCAGCUCCUUCCUCUUCUCAAGCCUCAUAGCACAGGCCCUUAAGCAAGCCAUUAGAUUGAGCAGUGCCCCUAAUAUGGAGUUUGGAAAAAUCUUUGUGAGGGCUCAUGUGCACAGAACGAUGCUCAGGGUUGGGAUCAUGGUUUCGGCCGCUGGUUCACUGUUUGGGUGUGGGUUCUUGAUGCUAGCUCUUGUCAAUGUGGUUCAGGUGAAGCUUGGCUCCAUUAGUUGCAGAGGAAUGUGGACUAUGGGAGCCAUUGUUCCUCUCGUGAUUUUGGUCCCAAUCGCCAUGGUCAUCUACACCUGUAUCGUGCUCUAUGCUGUGAUGAUGAAGAAAAAUCCCUAAUUUGCUUCAUGCUCAGUUGCAGAUAUUUCCAGGAGAUGACUAUAAUACCCUCUAUAUGCUCCCUGAAUGAUUGGAGAGUCCCUCUGUCCUUAUGAGGAUGAUACCCAUUUCAAAUUUUCAAUCCGGACUUGCUUUUGUAUAAAUUUGUACAUGUAAUAUUUCAUUUUGUAUCAAUGGGUGAUCUUUAAAAACCAUGAUGAUGUUUUGCUUGAA